UAGGCUAGCUUUUUUUUGUCCCUCCCUCCCUUUCUUUUCUCUUUUCCCUCCUCUGUCUUUUGCUCUCUCAUUUAAGAGAGAGACAAGAACCCCACGUUUGACAAAUACAAAGAAUACUACCAACCACUACUACCACCAUGGCAUCUGCAAGCAGCUCUGCACAGGCCGCCUUUGGGCUGGGCCGGAGGAAGAAGAACCCUGGCCUCCUGGACCAGAUUGGGAAGUUCUUUGGAGGAGACAAGAAGAGGAAGAGCAAGGGAUCUUUCCGGGGCGCUCUCUCUCCAGCCCCUCAGAAAGCCUCCGCUACUUCCCCACGUAAGAAGGGCCAGGAGAACGCCGUGGUCCACUUCUUCCGCACGAUCGUGUCCCCCGCCCCUCCCAAGUCUAGGUGGAGAGGACUAGCAGCCAAGAUAGGCCUGGGCGAUCAGAAGUCAGCUAAGAAGGCCGGUGGAGGAGACGGCAAAGGCACCCUGACUAGGAUCUUCAAAAUGUGAUGAUAUCAGCAGCAGAGGAAGCAGGAGUGCUUCUCCAGCCAAACGCUGAAGUCCCACAACGACCUCCAUCCAACAGCACGAGGGCAAAGAUCAACACCAUGGGACUCAAGUGGGGAAAAGAGGAAGAAAAGGAGGAAAUCUUAUCACCCCUUAACCUCACUCUCCCCUCUCCACCUCUGAUAACACUCUAAUAACGUACGCUAAAUCCCCCGUCUCCCCCUUAGUGCCUCCCUAUGUUACUUUUGGCUGGUAGAUAGCGACACAAUCUGUUGCCCCCUCCCUCCCUUGCAUGCUUUUUGCCGAGUCUGUGCACUCAUCAUGAUCGGUGUGAACUGUUAGCUGAAAGUGAUCCUGAAGCCGCUCACGUGUGCAGCCUGAAUGACCCCCAGACCCCGACCCGACCUUUCCCAAACCUCAUUGCCAUGGCUCUCCGUUCAUGUGCUUGAGUUUCUGUGGACGUCUUUGAGGAUUUUUCUAACAAAAAUAGCGGGAAAACCUGAGCAGACCCGAAUCAGGAGAAGGUUUCCGGCCGGUGCGGGUCCGACUGACUCGACUGUCAUUGCCGCUUGCUGAUUGGAUGAAAAGGCCGGGUCAUUUCUGGUUUAUAAAGAGUGGUUUUCUGUCUUGUCGUACUGUCUUUGUCUUUCCUUGUGAACCCAAACAUAAACCUUUGUUUUUGAAAGAUAACACACUUUACAUUAUGAAGAGAGCCAUUUUGGUCAUUGUGUUUUCAUUCGACCCUUUUAGCUGUAGUUAAGUGUCCUGUCUUUAGUGUUGUGUUGAUCCAUGUUCGUCCUAUAAGCCUUUAGGCUGGCUGUGGGUUUUGUGGUAAAAAGUGAUUUUUAAACCUUCUAAAUCAAUUUUCUGCAAAUAAAACUAAGAAAAAAAAACACAAAUUAGUCCUUGCUAACAUCAAUUAUUCUCAUUCCAAGAGAUAAUGGCACAUAUUUAUCACUUAUAUUGCACUGUUUCCAGCGUUAAAACUGCCACUCUGAAUCUUAGAGAUCUGGUGUUGCAUUAUGCCAGAUUAAGACGUCUCCUCUGUGCUUUAUGUAGUCUAGGUCACCUCUUUGUUUUCAUGCAAAGCACACAUAAAUUCAUUCCUCACUAUGCAACAAGUGCCUUUCCUCCUGACUACCAAAGCAACACGCUGCCUUUCCUUCUUGUGGGAAAAAAACACAAACACAGUUUCAAAAAGGUGCUCUCAAACUAACUUUGUACAAGUUUUAUGAGAAAAGUUCAGCUCCAACAUCGUGCUGAUCCAAACAUCCAUCCUCCAGACGUGUUCAUAAGCAGGCGUGUGUGAUGUGUAGCCUUCAUCUCUCCUUGUGUUUGCUUGAGUCUUUGUGAGUGCUGUGUCGUGUUGAAUGGAUCCUGUGGUUGAAUGUAAAAGAUCCUCUUCAUUAUUGUAUGUGUAAUAAAACAUGACCAGCCACUUAACUGAGAAUAAAAAAAUAAAAAAUGAUAAAACCACCUCUA